CGUUUUUGUGCUGCUGACGAGACGCUGAUUUGUUGCGCUGACAACAACCAGCUAGCUAGAUAUCUUCUUGACAAAAAAUACACUUUUAAAUUGUUGCGUGCCAUUUUAACUAGCUAGCUAACCGAGAUCAAAAUGACCACUAAAAAGAAGCGGACACCACAUUCACAAAACGACAGAUGGGUUGUUGUUGCAGCAGACUCUGCAGUGGAAACACCAAAGAAAGAUGACAGUGACCCCACUUUCAUCCUGCUUAGGAACCCUUCAACAGAUGCAGCGUCUUUGUACCUKUUGGGCAGUGGUGAUGUGCAGCUGUAUGAGGUCAAAGCCUUCAAUGAGGACUUCCACUCCUGGUUCAUUGGCCAGACAGUACAGAGAGAUGGGAGACUUCUGUAUGUCACUCCAAUGGAUCCCCUCUACCUAYUGUUGCCCUACUUGAUAAAAGCAGGUAAAGAGGGGAAGUUCCAGCCCGUGGACCAGGUAGUGAUGGACGAGGACUUCCCAGCAUGCACCAGGCUGCUGAGCUGCACACGCUCCCAGGCCUCCCUGCACCAUGUGGCUGAGGAGAAAGAGGUGGGCAGUCAGAAGUUUCAGCGCUACAGCCAGGAGAGGACCAUGGAAUGGUUAAAGAAAAAGGCUGAGAGGACAGUGAAGACCCUCAGAAAGAGUAACAUCUCAGUGGGAGAGGGAGUAAAGUCCACGACGUAUGUCCGAGUCAAGCAGGAGUCAGAGACCCAGGAAGAGGACUACCUGCGGUAUGCCCAUGGCCUGAUAUCUGAGUACCUCAGUGAAGACCUGAGCAAAGCCCUCCUCAAGCAUCUCCAGUUACCUGAGCUCUCAAGUCCUAAGGAGGUAGAGCCUCCCUCAAAGAAGCGGAAACUGACUGACAAACCAUUGGAGGCAGGAGAGGACUACACCAAAUUCAACAGCUCCGAUUUCUCCCGCAAACCGCCCAAGAAGAUGAGUGCUGCACAGAAGACCCUGGCCAAGGUGGACAAAACAGGCAUGAAGAGCAUGUCUGCCUUCUUCAGCCCCAAGGGCAAGGCAGAGAAAAAAUGAAUGUUAGGAUGACACAGCAGUUUGUGUGUGUGUCGGUGUGCGUGUCUACAGUGUGUGUCUCUGUCUGUCGGUCGAUGUGCGUGUCUACAGU